AUGCGUCUCCCCUACGCCCCCUCAACACCACCACCCAACGCACCCCCCUCCGUCAGCGACAUCUACACCCGCAUCGCUGCCCGCCGCCAUCCCCGGCCCCUAAUCCCCCUCGACAUGACACUCCUACACUCACCACCCGUGGCCAGCGGAUACAACGCGUUCGUGGGCGCUCUUCGCACCGACACAAUCGUCCCACAGUCGAUUCUCGAGCUGGCCAUUUCCCGCGUCGCCAUCCUCACCGACGCCGUGUACGAAUGGAACAUCCACGCCUCUUUGGCAUUAAAGGCUGGCUUGGACCCGAUUGUGCUUGCCGCUGCAAAGGACACGCCUAAAGGAGAGUUUGGUACCGUCCGUGAGGGAUCUCAAGCAGCGUCGGAAUUGAGUGACUUGCACAAAGCUGUGCUAAAUUACACCGAUCAAGUCACGCUGAAUGUCAAGGUUGACGAUGUGGUGUUUGAGAAUUUGACCAAACAUUUCGGCCACAGAGAGGUCGUCGAAUUGACCACUGUUGUUGCUGGUUAUAAUGCCGUCAGUAGGAUUUUGGUGCCCUUGGAUGUGGGGGAGAAUAAUGAUAAGAAGAUGAAGACGGUUCAGGAGUUGGUUGAUGAGUUGAGGGGUUGA